UAUUCAAUAAUAAAGGUUUAUGAAAUAGUUAAAAUAUUCCUAUACAUAUAUUCCCAUAUAUAUGUGUGUGUAUAUAUAUAUGAAGUAAGAAGGAAUUACUCCUGUUCACCAGAGAAGAGGAUAUUUCUUUCUUUUCAAAAUUAUUUCCUCAUUUGCCCCUUCUGUUCUAUCUCACCACCUGCAAAACCUGUGUGUGUGUGUGUGUGUGUGUGUGUGUGUGUGUGUGUGUGUGUAUGUUUUGAGAGAAAAGUCACAUGGAUAUUUAUAUGGUUAGACUUUGUGUCCCUACCCAAAUCUCAUCUUGAAUUGUAAUCCCCGUAAUCCCCACUUGUCAAGGGAAAGACCAGGUGGAAGUAACUGAAUUAUGGGGGUGGUUUCCCAAUGCUGUUCUCAUGAUAGUGUGUUCUCAUGAGAUCUGAUGGCUUUAUAAGCGACUCUUUCCACUUCACUUGGUACUUCUCCUUCCUGCCACCUUGUGAAGAAGGUGCCUUGCUUCCCCUUCACCUACCACUGUGAUUAAGUUUCCUGAGGCCUCCCUAGCCACGCUGCACUGAGUCAAUUAAACCUCUUUCCUUUAUAAAUUACUGACCAGGCAGUUUUUUAUAGUGGCAUGAAAAUGAACUAAUACAGAUAUGAAGUUUGGGAAUAUGUGUUUUCUUAAAUGUAUUUUGUUUAAGGUUGCCAUAAAUGGUCAAAAUACCUAGUGUGGCAUUGUUGCGUCAUUUAUUAAGAGUCUUGGAGUGGCCUGGGUUCGAUGAGGUAAGCUGGUCUAUAAUGACUAUGGUACUGACAUACCAUUUGUUGUGAUAAAUUGUGACUAACUGGUGUCCGAGCAAAUUGGUGUCUAAAUGAUCUGGAAGAUAUAGCGAGUGACGACAGGAAUGAAUAUAUAGUGUUAGAAAUUCAUUGCUCGGCGAUGAUGCUCAGCACCAUUUACAUUCUUCAGCCCAUUUAUUUCUCCUUCAAUAAAGAAGCCUAUGCUUGUGUUAUUUCACUUAUUGAACGGACAACGUAAAUGAACUCUGCUAACUAAAUGCAGCGUGUGGAUCAUGUGGGGAUCCCAAUUCAGACAAACUAGCCAUAAAAAGGCAUGGUUGAGACCAUCAGGGAAAUGUGAAUAUGCACUGUGUAUUUAACAUGCUAGACAACUUAUGGUUAAUGCCAUUGAGUAUGAUCAUAGCGAGAUUGUUACGUAAAAACAAAUGUGGAUUUUGCUUUAAGAUAUUUCAACUGGAAAAGAAUGAAGGUAUAGGUAAAAUAACAUUUGCAAGACAGUGAAUCUGGUGAUUAAGUACAUGGAGAUUUAUUAUACUCUUCUCUUUACCUUUGUGUAUGUUUGAACAUUUACAUAGUGGAAAUUAAAAAAUGAAGUGUGACUACUCUAUUUACAACUUAUAACAGGACAUUUGCCUUUUUCCUCUAAGGUAUGUAUGAGUGGUUGUAAUAUAAUUUAGCAAAGGUAAUAAGAGUUAAGUUAUUGAACCCCUCCUGGGUCCCAGGUGCAGUGAGAUGUACUUUAUAUACUCCCUUCCCUCCCACCCCCACCCCAGGUCUGCAAAGCUCAUUUGGCCAGCUAGGCCACUGAAGGCUCUAUUUGGAGUAGUGAAUCUUACGUGGUAUGGGGCUUUUGGCAGUACCCCAAGGAAUAAAGAGAAGCGGAGACAGAUUCAAAUGUGAAAGAUAAAUUCAAAGUCAUUAUUUCUGAAUGCCCAGAGAUAUUUUGCUUCCUUGAAAAGCAAUGCUUGUUCUUGUAUAAUAUCUGUUUCCCAGAAUGCCUUUCUUCCUCUCACACUAUUAAAAUAGCUAAAGGCCCAGUUGAAGGAGUCCCUCCAAAGAGCGCAUCUGGGUGGGAGUACAGGCCAGUGCCAAAUCAAAGUGUUGCAUAUACUCAUCCUUCACUAUAUUAUUACAACUCCAAAGCUUGAGAAGGAAGUCACAUAACUGUGACAGCAGCUUUUCAAAACCAAUGAAAAAUAACACUUUUCACCAGGCAGGGAGGAAUUUUUUUUUUGUAAUCAAAUAUUGAAAGUUGGAAUUCCUAUGACCAGCAAAGUCACUCUUAGGAAUUAGAAGCAAGUUUACAUGUCAUCUUUAUUUUUUGCUUUAGUCCUCUUUGAUACGCAACCUGCGGCUCUCUGAGUCCUUGAAAAAGAACCAACUCUGGAACGGGAUUAUAAGUAUAACUUUGUUGGAAGGGAAGAAUGUCUCAGGAGGAAGCAUGACAGAGAUGUUUGUCCAGUUAAAACUGGGACAUCAGAGGUAUAAAAGUAAGGAUGGGCAUUUUGGACAUUGAAGUGUGGGGAAAGGACAGCAAAAAGCAUGAGGAGCGUCUGGGCACGUGUAAAGUGGAUAUCUCGGCACUCCCUCUGAAGCAAGCCAACUGCCUGGAGCUGCCACUGGACAGCUGUCUGGGGGCUCUCCUUAUGUUGGUCACACUUACACCCUGUGCGGGGGUCUCCAUCUCUGAUCUGUGUGUCUGCCCCUUAGCAGACCCCAGCGAAAGAAAGCAGAUUACCCAGCGAUAUUGCUUACGGAACUCCCUGAAAGAUAUGAAAGACGUCGGCAUUUUACAAGUGAAGGUUUUAAAGGCAGCAGAUCUCUUAGCAGCAGAUUUCUCAGGGAAGAGUGACCCAUUUUGCUUAUUGGAGUUAGGCAAUGACCGACUUCAGACGCAUACCGUCUACAAAAACCUCAACCCUGAAUGGAACAAAGUUUUUACAUUUCCCAUUAAAGAUAUCCAUGAUGUUUUGGAAGUGACAGUGUUUGAUGAAGAUGGAGAUAAACCCCCAGAUUUUCUUGGAAAAGUUGCCAUUCCCUUGCUGUCCAUUAGAGAUGGACAACCAAAUUGUUAUGUACUGAAGAAUAAAGAUUUAGAACAAGCUUUUAAAGGAGUUAUUUACUUAGAGAUGGAUCUUAUAUAUAAUCCGGUCAAAGCAAGUAUUAGGACGUUUACUCCCAGGGAAAAGCGCUUUGUUGAAGACAGCCGCAAGCUGUCCAAAAAGAUCUUAUCAAGAGAUGUGGACCGUGUGAAAAGAAUCACUAUGGCAAUAUGGAAUACAAUGCAAUUCCUUAAAAGCUGCUUCCAGUGGGAAUCUACGUUAAGAAGUACGAUAGCAUUCGCGGUAUUUUUGAUCACUGUCUGGAAUUUUGAGCUAUAUAUGAUCCCUUUGGCAUUGUUGCUGAUCUUUGUCUACAAUUUCAUCAGACCUGUGAAAGGCAAGGUCAGCAGCAUCCAGGACAGCCAGGAGAGCACAGACAUAGAUGACGAGGAGGAUGAAGAUGACAAGGAAUCGGAGAAAAAGGGGUUGAUCGAAAGAAUCUAUAUGGUACAGGAUAUUGUUUCAACUGUUCAAAACAUCUUGGAGGAAAUAGCUUCUUUUGGAGAAAGGAUUAAAAACACAUUUAACUGGACGGUCCCCUUCCUUUCAUCUCUGGCCUGUUUGAUUCUGGCAGCAGCCACCAUCAUUUUGUAUUUCAUUCCACUGCGGUACAUCAUUUUAAUCUGGGGCAUAAAUAAAUUUACUAAGAAGCUUCGAAAUCCCUAUUCCAUCGACAAUAACGAGCUACUAGACUUCCUCUCUAGGGUGCCAUCUGAUGUUCAAAAGGUGCAGUACGCGGAGUUGAAACUCUGCAGCGGCCACAGCCCCCUGCGGAAGAAGCGCAGUGCUCUCUAGGGCACACACUGACUUUGGACAGCAGCACCCAAUAUUGUGUUUGGUUGAUUAGACCAACAUUAUGGCUGUUUCAGUGGUACCCAAGGUGUCCUUCUGAAAUGCAUGCCCUGUGGCACCCUCUGUAUUCUUCCUCCUCCUUCACGUGCACAGACAUACAUGCAUGUGCACACACCCCCAUGCAUGGGUGUCCUAGUUGCAUAGAGGGUCAGCCCAGCAAAAAGCAACAAUCCUGAGACUGGGAAAGACUAACAUCCAUUCUGAAAUAGGAGACAACAAAGCUGCAGCCAUGGGUCUGAACACCACCUUCCUUGAGAACAGCCAGGAGCCCACUUGGAUUCAAGAGUGUCUUUGAACUUGUUUUCACACCUCCAACAGACUCUCAUUAAGAUUCAGUUAUUUCCACUCCUCAUCCCCACACUCCUUUCAGAUUAUUGUUCAUGGGCGUAAGUCUCUUCUCCGAGUUAACAAGUCUUCGGUAGCCAUCGUCUGUCCAAAUACGGUAUAUUAUUGAAAGACAUUUUUAAUAAUUACCAGAAUUAGUUCGAACCUUUAGGGCUCUUUCAGCCAUGAUUAUUAAGGAUAUGUAUGUGAAUUUUUGGGAAACCUCUCGGUGCUGGAUGGUCAACCUGCAGCGUGGUCCAUUGCUGGCCAUGGAUGCCCCAGGAAGGUCCCUAGAGAUCACUCACUUGAAAAAUGAGGCUUCCGUGAAAGUAUUUGGUUGCUUUCUGCUACCACUUCUCCUGACUUUACUUUUUGCAUAUUUUCAAAAUAUUAUAAAAUGUCAAUAUACAAUUUCAGAAAGGCAGGUGGGGGUAGGGGAGAAAUGAAUGAAUGAAUUCUCUAGGUAUUUAGAAAGAUAAGGAACUGAAGACCAAGAAACUAAUAAGGCUGCUUACCUAAUUAUUAUAAUCAUUUCAUUUGCCUGAAUGUUUUAAGGAGAAAGUAGAAAUACUUCAGCUGCCCAAAUGUAUCUUUUGUUCCUCUUAGAAGUAAAAUAAGCUACAAACAAUAAAAAUUUAUUUCAGAACCCCAUUUCUAGAAAAUACCACCCAAGAGCCCUCCUUCGACAGCAUCUGUUUCUGCAGACCUCAUCAUUCCACAGUAUUUCCCUGCCAUGUAAAAAUCCUGACUUUGUGCAUAUAUAAAAUGUAUGCAAUUAACUCUGUUUAAACGAUAUUUAAGUUUUAAAGACUGUAUUUUGUUGACACAUACUUUGUGCAGUUUUUAUAUAUGUAUGUAUUAUAAAGAAAAGUUAAGGUAAAAAGAUCUCAUUUAAUAGUGAGUUCCCUAUUUUAUUUUAUUUUAUUUUUUUGUCUCUGGGUUGUAAUUUAAUAAUCUUCAAACAAAAUGUUUACGAAAAAUGCCAAAGAUUCUAAAUCUUAUCAUCCAGUGUCUGUUUUUCUUCAUGUUGUAUCUCACUGGGUUGCUUUCUGGCUGAGCCAGAUUUCUGCAUGAUUUGAUUUACUUCAAGUUAAUGAAGCUGGCUGGAAAAGAGCCUUGCAGAAAUUAUAAAAGCUCCAGUAAAUCUCGUAGUUGUACAUACAAUAGAUACCCAAGAACCCCUUUUGUCAAACCAGUUACUCAAUCUUCUGUGUAAACAAUGCCUCAUUGUCUUGCUUCUAACUAUCAUCUAGUUUAUCACUGUCUGUCAUUUUGUAACGACCUAAGUCAGACAUUUUUAAACAGACAUGUGAGAUCUGAUCAGUCAUUUGAAUGAAAACUUUCAGCAGCAAAAUAACCCCUUAUUUAUUUAAAAGUGGAACCAAUACUUUAUUGUUGUUCUUUUGCUAUAGAAUUUCAAAAUGAAAUUAUUUGCCCGACAAGAAGGCAUCAUUAGUUAGACUUCUUUCCUCUGUAGCCCGACUGAAAUUCUCAGUGUUAAAUUUAGGACCCAAACACCAGCUGGGAUGUAAGAGCAGGACCGAAUCAACCUUGAAUAAACUGUAUAUAGAAAACAAUUGUUAGUUAAUUAAGUAGACACUGGAUGUUAAAAAGGAAUGUUAGUUGUAAGUGACAUGUUAAGAUUUAUACAAAUUGUCAAAAACUUUUAGGAAAGAUUCCAGAAUGCUUUCAAUAAAAUUUAUGGAUUAUAGAUUCACAGUAUGAUAAUUAAGUAGGGAUGCUGAAGUCUUGCCAAGUUUUCCUGGUUCUCUUCUCAAACUUUAUCCUCCCAUUUCUAGUCCUGUCUCUCGAUCUAAUAGGCAUCUACACCUCAGCAGGUCAGAAACUAAACAUCAUCUGUCUCUCCCUGUCUUCAGAACCUCGACCCUCAUAAUCUCCUUCCAGCUUCUUUGUUUGCCUUACUGGGACUGGCAUUUUCUGGGCUCGGAAUUUCUCGGUCAUCCUCUUUUUUGCUCCUCGUGCUGUUGUUCUCGCCUCCCAACUCAGAAAGCCUAGUAGGUCCAGUGUCAAUGCGUUGACCACUUCUGUUCUGAUUGCCACUACCCAAGUGGAGGCCUUCAUAACCUCUCAGAUGUCACGGCCAUGAUGCCAGUUACAUUAUGCCUAGUUAAUCUUCAUUCAGACUGGAAGGACCUCCCCCCAAUUUCUUUCUGAAUAGAUUCUACUCUCCUUCAACACUUCCAAGUCUCCUGCCCCAAAGAGGCUUGGUCCUGUGGCUGGAUGUGACUCCAACUUCCUUUUUUGUACCUUCACAUCUUUCAUAUCUUUCUGGCAUCUGCCGUACAUCAUAAGAGGCUUUGACCACUGUCCUCCACUGAAUAGCCCAUUAUAGCUAGCACCUAAUAGUUAUUCAGGAAAUAAAUACUUGUUUAACAGGCCAUGUCGUAGAGAUUAUUUUUCUUUCUCUGCCUUUUCGUGUGCUGCUUUCAGAACAGAGGACUGGGUUGGACAGAUUAGUAUGAUCUAUCCUGGAGAUUAAUUUCUUGCAUUAAGAGCUUAUUGUGUGUGAUAUUAUUUAUAAUCCCUGGCUAUGUCAAUUAUAACCUUUUAAAUUAUGUCUUAUAUUUGAAGUUCUUACCUACAUAUCAGAGGAAAAUAUAAUGUUUAUUUCCAGGUGGUAAAACAGUCUUUUGAUUCUUUUUUCUUGUACAUUAUCAUUUAACAAGUCUAUAUUGAAUGCUGAUAAUUUUCUGAAACGAAACAGACUGCAUCCCCUUGGUAGAGCCAGACAUUAAACAGAUACUUUCGAGAAACAGCAUGCCAUGCUCAGAUUUAAGUUUGAAAAAUAUUCUGGCUGCAAUGCAUAGCCUAGCAAUUUUCAAAGUUUAGAGAAGAGUUAUUAAUAUUAGUCUUUUGUAGUACUCCUGAUAAAUGAAUAACACCCCAGACUUUCAAAUAGUGGCACUGGAAAAAAAAAUAAGUAGAAUUGAGAGACGGUGAAGAGAUAAAGUGAGCAGGACUUAACAAUUGCUGGACUAUGGGAUGAGGGAGAGUAGAGUCAAGGAUGGCUCUCAGUCACCCUGUCUCCAGGUCUAGGAAGAUGGUGUUACCUUUCACUAAGGGAGAGAACUGUAAGAACUGCUGUGAGAGGGCCACAGGAGUCCAGUUUUAGCGCUGAAUCUCAGGUGCCUGAAAAGCAUCCAAAUGGGAAUGUCAGCAAGAUAAUGGAAUAUAUGGAUUUAGUUCUCAGAGAAGUAACACACUGUACUUGAUAUGUACACAAGUUAAGGGGAAACACUGCAUAUCAAAGUGAUUGAAACUAAAUGCUUCAAGAAAUUAAACCUUGAAGAACUCAACAGUCGAUGUCAUAUAUAUAAAGGCAAGUCAGUUAAGAGUGUAAAUAGAAACAGUGGUAAAUACAGAGGAGAAAAACAGUAAGCAUGGACCACUCUAGAAUUCAAUGGCAGAGCAUACUUCAAGAAAGCUGAUGUGGUCAAUAACAUCAAAUGCUGCAGAGAUCACGUAAGUACAGAAUCAUGACCUUAAUGAUGUGACAGUUUGGAAACACCCUGGCAACAAGUCAUUUCAGUGGAAUGGUAGAAAUGGAAACCACGUUUGGGUUGAGAAGUGAGUGGAUGUGAAAAUAUGGGGUCUCUGAAUGGAGGUAACCCUUGAAAAAUUCCACUGUGGAGGGGAAAGGAGAGAGAGGGCUGGAAUUUGGAAUGAAAGGAGAUAUUUGGGAUUAUUUUAGUAAGAAAGUAGAUGUGUCAUGACCUCAGUGUAAAUCUAAUAGCUGCAAAAAAAUUCUUCAUGGACAUGAGAUGGAGUUAGCCAUAUUCAUUAUUUAAAACUAUGUUCUGCACUUACACAUUGUUAGUUGGAGUGUAAAUUAGCUCAACCACUGUGGAAGACAGGGUGGGUGUUUCCUCAAAAACCUAAAGAGAGAAAUACUGUUUGACCCAGCAAUCCCAUAACUGGGUAUGUACACAAAGGAAUGUAAAUUGUUCUUCUAUAAAAACACAUGCACACACAUGUUCACUGCAACACUAUUUACAAUAGCAAAGACACUGGAUCAAUCUAAAUGCCCAUCAUUGAUAGAAUGGAUAAAGAAAAUGUGGUAGAUGUAUACCAUGGAAUACUAUGCAGCCAUAAAAAAGAAUGAGAUCAUGUCAUUUGCAGGAACAUGGAUACAGCUGGAGGCCAUUAUCCUUAGCAAACUAAUGCAGCAACAGAAAACCAAAUACCACAUGUUCUCAUUUAUAAGUAGGAGCUAAAUGAUGAGGACACAUGGAUACAUAGAAGGGAACAAAAUACACUUGGGGCUAUUGGAGGGUGAAGGGUGAAAGGAGGAAGAGGAUCAGGAAAAAUAGCGAGUACGAGGCUUAAUACAUGGGUGAUGAAAUAAUCUGUACAACAAACCCCUCUGACACAGUUUACUUAUGUAACAAACCUGCACAGGUAUCCCUGAACUUUAAAAAAAAACCUAUGUUCUAUCAAAACCUGCCUCUCAUUUAUGUAUUAGGAAUCUUAUGGCAGCAGAACAGUUGAAAAACUAAAAUAAAAAU